GCCACCACCGAGGAUGGGCAAUGCCGUGUGCAAGGGAAAGACACCCAAGCUGCCAAAGAAGCGGACGCCGUGCGUGAUGCUGGUGGGAGGGAGCGGAUGCGGCAAGUCGGCCCUGGCGCAGCAGCUUGUUUACCACGAGUUCCCGACGGACCACCAGCCGACCAUUGUCGAUGGCUACGAGAAGCACUUUGUGCUCGACGACUUUGCGGCACGCAUCUCGAUUGUCGACUGUGGUGGCUCGGACGAGUACGUCAAAGAGAUCAACAAGUACGUCGAGCAGGCCUCGGGGCUCAUUUUUGUUGUCGACGUGACCAACCCGGACUCGCUUGACGCUGUCAAUAGCAAGUACACGGGCCUGCUGGCGCUGCGGCCGGACGUGGCUAACCUGCCCAAGGCUGUUGUCGCCACCAAGACAGACUCAGUGGAUCGCGUCGUCUCGCAGCCGGACAUCACCGCUCUCGCUGCACACUGGUCGUGCCCGCAUGUCGAGACAUCGGCGCAGUCGUACGACGAUGUCGAGGCCGCCUUUCGCGUCCUCGUCGCCAAGCUUGUGCCCGAGGCCGCGCCGGAUGGCCCGUAAACGCAGCUGCAUCUCACA